CGUCAGCUCCGCACGGCCAGCAGCUCGCUGAUACUAGCUGGCUGCCGCCGCCUCUCCCUCCAAGGAACCGGGCCGGGAGCGGAUCCGCGAGCCGUCGCCGCCGCCAUGGGGAACCGUGUUUCGCGGGAAGACUUCGAGUGGGUCUACACCGACGAGCCCCACGCCACUCGGCGCAAGGAGAUCCUGGCAAAGUAUCCAGAGAUAAAGUCCUUGAUGAAGCCAGACCCCAACCUGAUAUGGAUCGUCAUCAUGAUGGUUCUCACCCAGCUGGUGGCAUUUUACUUAGUAAAGGACUUGGACUGGAAGUGGGUCCUGUUUUGGGCAUACGCCUUUGGCAGCUGCAUUAACCACUCAAUGACUCUGGCCAUUCAUGAAGUUUCUCACAACAGCGCCUUUGGCCACUGCAGAGCCAUGUGGAACCGCUGGUUUGGAAUGUUUGCUAACCUUCCUAUCGGCGUCCCGUACUCCAUUUCCUUUAAGAGGUAUCACAUGGAUCACCAUCGCUACCUCGGAGGUGACGGCAUUGACGUGGACAUUCCAACUGAUUUUGAAGGCUGGUUCUUCUGUACCACUUUCAGAAAGUUUAUGUGGGUUAUUCUUCAGCCUCUUUUUUAUGCUUUUCGACCUCUGUUCAUCAACCCCAAACCAAUUACUCACCUGGAAAUUAUCAAUACUCUGGUCCAGCUCACAUUUGACGUGAUCGUUUACUAUGUUUUGGGAAUUAAAUCUUUAGUCUACAUGUUGGCAGCAUCAUUACUUGGUCUAGGUUUGCAUCCGAUCUCUGGACAUUUUAUAGCUGAACAUUACAUGUUCUUAAAGGGACACGAAACUUACUCGUAUUACGGGCCUCUGAACCUGCUCACCUUCAACGUGGGCUACCACAACGAGCACCACGACUUCCCCAACAUUCCCGGGAAGAACCUCCCGCUGGUGAGGAAGAUAGCAGCCGAGUACUACGACCACCUGCCUCACUACAAUUCCUGGAUAAAAGUCCUGUAUGACUUUGUGGUGGAUGAUACAAUCAGUCCCUAUUCGAGAAUGAAGAGGCAUCAGAAAGGCAAGGUGGAACUGGACUAAAUGUCGUCACGAUCAAAGGAAUUCCUCUCUGACACUUCACAGCAGCCGACAAGGUGGGAUUUUGGCAUCAUUCAGCGAAGACCAGCGGUGUUUAGAAGCUGUCCUCGUACGGUUUCCCACGAGCCCCCGCGGCAUCAGGAAGCUGUCCGGCUGGCCACGGCCGGCGUGGCCGUGUGCACUCCGCCUUCUCACGGGAGCGUGGCCGCCGUGUCCUCGCUGUCCAGGAGGCUGUCCGGCAUCUUGUAAGCAUAUCAUUCAAAAAGCUUUUACAAAGCUACUUCUCGUAUAUUAUUUUCACUAUAAAGUCGUACUUUAUUAAAACAGCUAAUAACCUGAGCAAUUAGUCAAAAUAAAUAGUAUUUAUCACA